CUUUUAGAACUUCAAGAACUUGAAGACGAAAAUAAUGUGAUUUCAGAACAAUUUAUAGAUAUGGUUUUUGAAAAGUUUAAUGAAUUACCAAUUACAGAAAAUAAUUUAUCACCAAGGCGAUAUUUUAUUCAUAGAUGCAUAAGCAUAUUACCACUUGAGUCACCUAUUCGUCUUCACCUUUACAAAAAGAUCUUUUCUCAGGAACCUUUGCCUUUAACCUUCCCGACAAUUCAUCGCGUUUUCUUAACAGAACAACAUGAACAAGAUGACUUAUUUAUUGGUCUAAUUAAUGAUCCACAUGAAGCUUUAGAAGGAUCUGAACGUUUGCAAGUCAUAGAAGAAGUCCUGAAUGAAAAACAUUUUGAUUCAGCAAUAUCAGCUUUAUGUUGUGAUGUUAUUCAAACACAAUUCUUUGAUGCCUACGGAAUAAAACGAUUAUCAAAACAUUUCAUGAAAGCAACAGAAAUCCUGAUUACCACUGAUGUUAAAUAUUUACAAAGAAUAUUUAUACCACAUCUUGGGGAAAUUCCAUGGAAUAAUAACGAUAAUCGACUUGGUUAUAAUCCGUAUUGGUGUUUGGAACAAUGUAAACAAGCAGAACAUGCAGCUACCAGAAUAAUAGUUCGUGGAGAUGACACACACUUAAGAGAAUUAAUAAAAACAAUAUUAAAUCCCAACGCAGAUGAGAUAAUAAACCAUCGAAUUUCAUUCUCAGGAAUGAUAAUAACAAGACUUUAUCUUAUUCAAGCAUCUCGUGAGUGGAAUCAAAGUGAAACAUUACUAGCAAAUCAUAUAACCAAGUUUUUGGACAAUAAACAAGAUAAAAAUCGUAUUCCUCCAAUUUAUAAACAAACAUUGACGAACUUUUUAAUGAAUAAACAAGAACUUUGCAGAAUUGGUCCUGAAGAUGAUAAUAGGAAGGUUUAUAUGGCUUCAGUGAUUGCACAUGUAAUUGCGUUACAUAUUUCGGUUCCUCCCAAUUCUUCUCCAUUGGCUAUGUAUAUGCAAGCCUUACAAGAUUGUAAAAAUGAUUUUAUUUUGGGAUGUCCUUCGGACGAGCAAACAGUCGUAAUCAAUGCAGUAAUGAUGUCCAAUAUGGCUGACAAACGCUUGACAAGAUACCAAUGUGAAUGUGGAUAUGUGUAUCUAGUUGGUGAAUGUGGAAAUGUAACACAUGCUAGCAGUUGCCCAAAGUGCAAAAGAAUCAUUGGAGGUCAAGCUUACGAUAGACCGGCGGCAGGAAAUUCACGUUUAGACAAUAUACCGUUAACCGAACCAAAAAACGCCAAUGAUCAACGAGGUUACAUUAUAGAAACACCAAAUACCGAAAACUUUUAUAGCAUUAGAUUAAUGUCACCAGCGUCUUAUAGAAUUAUUCAUCUUUUUACACACGCUAUCAUUGGAAUACAAGCACCAUCUCAAAAUGUCACCAGGUUUAUUAAAGGUAAUGCAAACACAAAUAAUCUUGGUGAAAACGAUAUGGCCGAAUAUUGUGCAGCACAUAUUAAUCAUGAUUGGGAUGCAUUGAAAAAAAUUCUUGCCUGUGGUGAUGAGCAACUAGCUUUACUUUUACAUGCGAUUAUUUCGGAAAUGACGCGACAGCCAUUACCAAGACAAGCAAAAUUAAAUACAUCAAACGAAAGAGAAACUUGGGAGUUGCAAUUUAAUCAAAAAUACGUUACACCAUUAAUUAAAAAUGUCAUGGGAUCUGUGACAGAUUUUCGUAUGCAAUUAGAAACAAAUGCUGUAAAUGCUCAACCAAAAAUUGAAUCUGAAAUUAAUGAAAUGGUAACGUUGAAUGAUCUCUAUGUUGCAAACCAUUUACCACGACUAUGGCGUCUGAUUGGUGUAACAAAUUUUGAUAAUUUCCGUGCUUAUUACUUGAAUAACAUUGAAUAUAAGGAAUCAUUCCCAUUCUUGGCAGUAUUCUUAAAGCAUGAAAAAUAUUUAUCACUCAUUCGAUGUCUCCUUCCAAUUGUAAAAUUUGUCCAGAUUUUACAUACUAGUCUUUCAUAUCGAAUGGAAAGACAAGAUGCAAGAUCAUUAACAUUCAGAAAAUUUAUUAAUGAUGAAAGUGAAAACGAUGACACAGGUGAAACAGGUAGAUCAUUAAAAAAUGCGUUCAAACUUUUUGCGACAGCCUGGAAUAAAUUGAUUCCACACGUUAAAAGGUAUCAGUGUUUAGAACUACCAUAUGAUAUGCCAGAAAUGAAUGAGGAUAGACAUGUUGUUUUAGGAUUUUACGAAGAAGCAAAUGAAGGCUUGUUCUUAUGUGGUGCCAUAGACUUCUUAGUUCAAUUACAAAAUGAUUUCCUUAAAGAAGUCAUUGAAAUUCCCUCAGCAACAUGCCAAUCUCUAAAAUUCCUUGAACAAACAGUGAUUCAAACGAAUAAAAAAGGAAAACACACAACUCCUCCUAUGUACCAAUUACAAUCUAUUUCUCUUGAGAAAAUAAGGCCAGUGCACAUAGUAUCAUACGAGUAUGAUUCAAAUAUUUUCGGACAUAGUCAGUUUGAUCUGAGAAUUGGUCAUGGACGUGAAAUUCAAUAUGAUUUAAGUAAAAUUGAAGCAGAACUAGCUUUUGAAUUAGUUCAUGAUAAAGCAUUUAUUGUACCUAAUGAGCAAAAAUCUUAUAUGGAAUCUUUUGUAUAUCAUAAGGAAAUUUUCCAAGGAUCUAUGACAUUAUUGAGCGAAAUCAAAGAAUUAAUAAAUCAGGAACCAAUUCCUGAUGAUAAGAAAGCUUUAUUUGCAGGAACUUAUUCAUCAAUUAAUAGGUCAUUUGUUAAAGGAGAUUAUGGAGAAAAUAGUGCUUUUGCAGCAACAUUUUCAUUUGAAAAUCCAAAAGAUUUGCUCUCAACUUUGGAAAUGAUACUUUGCUUCCUUAAACGCACUUCCGGAGGUGAUGGUAAUACAUUAAUCACCGAUUAUAUAGAAAAUUGGAUGAAAUCACAUUAUUUUCGUCUUCAAGUUCUUGAA